GCACCUUGAGAGCAUGAGCUAACUCUCUUCGUCUCGCUCUCUCUCUCUCUCUCCUCUCUCUUCCGUCGUAGUCUAGACCUUUUGCACUCCAGCUUCCCCCCCUUUCCUCGCUCGUCGCUUGAAGUACACACUGCCAAGCCGAAGCCGGAAGUGAGAUCUCGCGUUCCGGCUGCCCGGUACCGGUCUGCUGCAUAAUAAAGACAGGCGAGCUUGCAUCGUACUUAUACUUUGCCUGGCCAUCUCUAGUGUACCUGUCUCUCCCUCUUCUCUCUCUACCUCAUCCAUCGCCACCACCUGUUAUGCCGGCUUUACACAACGGAUCCUCUUCCGCCUCCUCGAGCGCCUCAACCUCCGGUCAGGGCAAGCCUCAAGGCGACCCAAGCUCCACCACCUACAAGCCCCUCGGUACACCCAAGCGUGGUCCUGCAGGUUCAACCGUCGUGCAACAAGUCACUCUUCCCAUUCCAAUCGGUCCCGUAGCCCUCUCCACUGCACAGGACAUUGAGCAUGCUCGCUCUUCAGCUCAAUUCGAUCCGGCGAGGAUUGAGGAGAUUAUAAGAGAUGGGAGGAUCGAUAAUGAUAGUCGGAGGAAGAUUAUUGCUGCGUUGGAUAAGGAUGAAGUUUUUGGUGAUUGGAAGAAGAGAGUGCUACACUUGAACCGAGAGCAGGUAAUGGCAGUCUCACACAAGGCCUGCCGACGUCUACUAGACUUGGCCGAACGAGAAGACUGGGACACACAGGAGAUCAUCGAAGCUGCCAUUUCUCUAGAUCUACAAUCUCCCAUUACUAUUCACUGGGUCGCAUUUGUGCCAGUGAUCAUGUCUCAGGGAAACAGCGAACAGGUGGAACGAUGGGGAGGUAGAGCCAUGAACCAUGAGAUCCUUGGAGCUUACCUCCAGACGGAGCUCGGGCAUGGUACCAAUGUUCAGGGACUGGAGACGCUAGCUACCUACGACGAAGCAAGCGACUCCUUCGAUAUCCACUCACCGACUCUCACCUCUACAAAGUGGUGGGCGGGCGGCUCAGGACUUACUUGCACCCACGGCAUCGUACAAGCGCAGCUGAUCAUCAAAGGCAAGCGCUACGGUCCUCACCUCUUCUUUGUCCCCAUGCGCUCCCUAGAAACUCACGAAAAGCUUCCAGGAAUCGUGGCGGGUGACAUUGGACCCAAGACCUACGGCGCUUUUGGUGGUUUGGACAAUGGCUGGGUACGCUUCGACCACGUCAAGAUUCCCCGCGAUAACAUGCUCGGCAAGCACGCUCAUGUCAAAAAGGGAGGAGAGUACGUCAAGCCACCCUCGGACAAGCUUUCCUAUGGUGGUAUGAUCUUCAUCCGAUCACAGAUGAUCGACCGAACAGGGUGGAUGCUGUCUCGAGGUAUCACCAUCGCUACACGCUACUCCCUCGUGAGAAGACAGUUCCGCGACCCGGACGCCAAGGAAGGGGAGAUUGAGCGCUCUGUCCUGAGCUACCCUUCGCUCAAUCGCAGAUUGAUGCCAUUGCUGGCCAAGUCCUUUGCAUACAUCAUCGCAGGAAGGCGCAUGCGUGUCCUGUACGAGGACAUGGCAGCCCAGCUCGAGGCAGGAGACACUACCAUGCUUGCGGACGUGCACGUCGCCUCGUCCUCACUCAAAGCAUACUGUACAAAGCAGUCCCUGGAUGGUAUUGAAGAAUGCCGACAAGCACUGGGAGGACACGGAUUCUUGGCCUAUGCUGGCUUCUCAUCCCUGUUCCCAGACCAGGCUCCCACCGUCACAUACGAAGGUGACAAUUAUGUCCUGAUGCAGCAAGUAGGCCGAGCAAUGCUCAAGAUUACCAAUGAGCUCAAGACUGGCUCCGCGAACGUCACCAAUACCACCGAUUUCCUCCGCGCACUCGACACACCGAAUGCAAUCCCCUACAAGGCCCCUCAGACUGCUGCCGAGUGGCAGCAACCGAGCGCAUGGCGGGAUGCUCUCCGUCUGCGUUGCGCACGUCGUGUAGCAGACCUGCGAGCAGAAGUAGCGGGUGGAAGGCGCUUCGUGGAGCUGUCGUGGGAUUGUGUCGAGGUGGCCAAGUCGCAUGGAGAAGUCGUCGUCGACGCCUGGUUCUCCGAGGGCGUAGCGAAUGACUCGGAGGCUUAUGGACCCGAAGCAGCUGCCUGGUUGCACAAGCUCGUCGCCCUUCAUGGACUCGUCGCCGUCGCGAGAGACCUCAGCCCGCUCGUCCUCCCAGCUGGCCCUGGACGCGCCCUUGCUGGCGGCAGCGAAGGAUCUGCGCCCAUCCUGGGCCCUCAGUCUGUCCUGGCCCUUGAGACGGCUAUCAGGCAAAGCGUCGAGGAGAUCUUGACGCAGGCUGUGCCUCUAACGGAUGCCUUCGGCUGGUCGGACUGGGAGCUCGGCUCUGCCCUGGGUAGAAAGGACGGCAGAGUGUACGAGGCGCUCAUGGCCGAGGCCGAGGCGAAUCCCCUCAAUCAUCCUACCCCUACCCCUUCCUCGGAAGGAGGAGAUGAGUUGGACCAUGUCGGAAGAUACAGCUAUGGUCGUCCCGGUACUGGCAAAUUUGUGAGCGAGACGUUCCGCACAGAGUUGAAGCCGUUGUUCGAGGCUGCUGCCAAUAGGAGCACUAGUGGGCCUAUCAAGGGAGACGGUAGCAAGCUUUGAAGGGCGUCCGUUCCUUGUCAAACCUUCAUAAUCAUGACUUCUGAUCAUCUGCGGCUGUGCUAGUGUGUCCCUGCCUCGCCUGCGUCUUAGCCUUUGUACUUGCGUCUUCGCGCUUGCUGAUGACUUCCCAACUUCCGAAAGGGCGUGC